AGGCCGUCUCGUUCCAAAAUGGAGCAACCUCUGCAUCUGACAGUGUUUCGCUUAGUUUCAGAGGAAGUGAUUUCUGGAGGGUCACUCUCAGUGCGAGGAAUAGCAGUUGUAGAUCAAGGCUCUUCUCUUAUAUUUUCAAUUUGCACCUUUGGUUUCUCUGUUUAUCCUGCCUUUGCCAAAAGAAGUGGUGAAAAGACCGACAGUACCAAGGUUAGGGUGAAUAGACAAAGUCAUAGUCUCUCUUCCNGAAUUUCAAAAUCUCAUUCGUCUCGUAGGCUUGUUCGAAAGGGGAACUAUAUAGAUAUCGAUCUAUUUGCUAACCAGUGACUGGUGGGUUAUCCACUUGUGUUUGAAGUAUAAGCACAGAAGAAGUUUCUGAAGUCCUUAAGCUUUUGGAACCGAAGAACUUUCGAGAAGGACUGUUUGACAGAAGAACUUUGCUGAGAAACUCAAAAAAAGAUGAAUCUAACUAGUUGAGCAACUACUGAAAGGUACUCUGUGUGCCGUUUGCCAUGUAUUGCAGUACUUCCGUCUCCAUUGGGUUUCGAAUGGUAUCCGCUCCAACGUUUGUAAGGGUUAUUUGGAUGCAUUGCUGUUAUCAUUUCUUCUUUAAUGUCGUUCUCACAUUGGAGAGUUUCAUUUUGGAAGGAAGUUAUCUCUCUGUUGCUCAAGAUUUCACUAUGCCUCUUCUUGUGCUAGUCGCUGGUUAUUUCAUUCUCAAUACGAACCACUCUCAACUACUGGAACAGUCUUAUAACAGAGUCUCGGAGAGCUUUGGCAUACUUCGAAAUGCAUUGUGAGUUGUUCUUUCACAAGAAGAGGUCGAAGCCCUUUUUAUGCAAGAAUCUUGCAAGGUUUCAUGAAAUCUUUUGAAUUCAAGAGCAAACUAUUUUGAAAGCUAUUGAUGUCGAUACUAUAAAACUAUUGGUUUUUUCACUUUGCCAGAAUGAUUGAAUUUAGAAUUAUCAUUUGGUUUUGUGCUGUCGUAUUUUUACA